AUCUUUACAUGCUAGUGAUGAAAUUCUUGCAGCCCCAUAAUCAAGAAAGUGAUUAACAAAUCAAAGUGCUUAAGUAGAUAACAUAGUAAAUAUGUUGUCUGUAAAGUAACUAUUAGCUGAAAGUGUGUUUGUGUGUGUAGUUUAUAGGCCCACUAUCCCUCAUUUGAAGGAAGCAACAGCCAUAAUUUUCUGUCUGUAGCAAUCUUUUUUGAGGCCUAAAUGGAAUUUGGAGUUGUCUGAAAUAGUCACGAGUGUGGAUUGCUGCAAAAAACCUCUGUUAUUAUUAUUCAAGAAACUUACACACACAAAUACAUAUAAGUAUGUGUGGAAUCAACCCGUCUCCUUCUUAUCUUUCUUGAAGCAAUCUUCUUGUUCUGAUGGCUUCAAUCCCUUCUCCAGCCCCAUUGAGCUUCUCUGAUGACAAUCAGAAACUAGAGCUCGAGUCGGUACGUGAACUCGUUGCCGUAAUCAAUCAGCACAUGAAUGCCAUUCUUGAAGAUUUUGAAGCCCAAAAGACCUUAAAACUGAAAUGCACUUCCAAGCUCAAGAUUCAAUCACAGGAAUUCUUUGAGUUCUCCGAGCAUUCGGUGAUGUCAAAUCUUUACUGGGGUAUUGAGAAUACAGAGUCAGCAGCUCAAGCCAAGUGCACGGAAGAUAGUGCAAUGAGGCUGGAGAGUUCUGAGAAAAUGCUUCAAGUUCCAGCCUCAUUGGAUGAGAAUGGAGUUACACUGGGAAUUCCAAACAGUUUCUUAGUUUCCUGCUCAUACUUUUACCUGUGUAUAGUUGAACUGCUGAGGAAGAAUGAGUGGCAGGCUUCUAUGCAUUUUCUUCAGGCGGUUUCAGUCUCACCCAGGCUUGUAUGCACAGAAUUAGCUCCUGGAAUUUUCCAGGGCCUGUUUGCCCUGUUCAUCAGGGACAAAGUUGGGAAAUCGUUUGGCAGCCGACGGGUAAAUGCUGUGGAUGAUGAGGGCAUGGUUGAUGAUGUGAUGAGAUGGAUGGCAAGAAGAUAUAAGCCCUGGUUAAUGUAUUAUCAGAUCAUGUCGAAAGGCGAUGCUUUCCAGGGAAUUCGAGGGGGUGGUGUAUCUUUGGGGGAUGAGAAGCCUCAAUGUCCUGUGAACAGGGUUCAGAGGUCCAGAAGCAUAGAGGCUCAUAGUUCAUGUGAACAUAGAACUGGAUUAAGGACUUAUCAGAAUCUGCAAAAUACGGACCCGCCUAAUCCUCAAAAAGUCAUUACUAAUGAUGUGGAACAAGAGUCUCUUGGCACUAGUAACACCAAGCCCGAAAACCACAUGAAAACAGUAGCUUAUUCAGAAAAGAGUUGCUUUAGAGAAACUAGAGGAAGCUCUAAUGUCAAAUGCCUCAGAGAUAUUUUAACAGAGUCUGAGCCAGAUACACCAAUUUCCUUACAUUCAGACAACAGCUCUUCCGUGGAAGAAGAUUUCCCUCAGAAUUAUACAGAAAAUACUAUCAUUUCACUGAGAAAUGGAAGAGUUAUUGCAGAAGAUCAUCAAGCAGAACCUCUUAGUCUGUAUGGUUCACUAUCAUGGAAUAUGCGAGCCCCCUCUUGCAAGCCAAAGCCGGAAAGGACGAUAUCUCUUCAACGGCAAACAGAAGUUGAUGAAAAGAAGGUCAUGGAAUGCAUUUCGCGGAGUUUCUCCACUUCAUUUUGUGAUACAGAUGUAUCAGCAUUAGGCCUCAGAAAAAUGGAUCAGUAUGCUCCUUUCAAUGAUGAUUACAUAGACGAGGUAGAGAAACUACAUUGUAUCGGCUCAAUUGCUUUGAAAAAUUGUCAGUUGUCCAGACCCCUUCACCAAAAGAGUUCUAAAAGGAUGAAGAAAAGCUCAAGCUGCCGAACAACUUUAUCUGAAGUUCAUCAACAAGUGGAUGAGAGUUUUUUCUUUGAACAAAGUGGAGUUCUUGAGAAGAUAAUUUCAAAGUUAUGCUUCACGGAGGAAUUGGGUAACGGUGAGGAAGACUACACAGUUGAAAUGAAGACUAUCUACGAGAUAUUAAACAGCAAAUCAGGGCUGAAAUAUUCUCUCUUGAAGGACAUAAUCCUGGAUCAGCUGCUAAAAGCUAUUUCAACUUCCCAAGAAGAAAGGGUGGUCAGAACGUCAGUGGCAAUACUUUCAACUAUUGUCACGGCAAAUAGAUCAGUCAUAGAGGAUAUCAAGAGGAAAGGACUGCAGUUGUAUGAUUUGGCAACGGCCCUCAAACGGAAUAUACACGAGGCUGUCAUCCUUAUAUAUUUGAUAAAUCCAUCUCCUGCAGAAAUCAAAACGCUUGAACUUUUACCAUGUCUUGUGGAGGUAGUUUGCACUUCAAAGAGUUGCAAGCUAGAGUUAACAUCAAUCCUGCUGACACCUCCGGCUGCAUCGUUGAUGAUCAUUGAGGUAUUAGUAACAGCAUUUGACUAUGAAACAAAUAGGAUGCACUUGGCUGCAAUCAGCUCACCAAGGGUACUUUCUGGACUCCUCAAAGUACCAAGAAAAGACAACCUUGAGGAGUUCAUUUCCUUGGCUGCUAUCCUUGUCAGUUGUAUGAGAUUUGAUGGAAAAUGCAGAAAAUACAUAUCAGAGUUUUCUCCGGUGGCUCCUUUGGUCUCUCUCCUGUGGAGCAACCAAAAACGUGCAUCAUCUAUCGCACUAGAGUUUCUUAACGAACUGCAAAGAAUGCCACGGUCAUCAGCCAUUGCUUUGUUUGAGCAGAUGCAUAAACAAGGAAGCAUCAACAAUAUGUGUGCUCUAUUCCUUCUCCUGCAGAAUUCUGAACCGGAAUACAGGCUUCUAGCAGCUAAUUUGUUACUUCAGUUGGAAGUUCUUGAAGAUACAUCCGCGAAAUGCAUAUAUAGGGAAGAGGCAGCAGAGGCCCUGUUUGAGUCACUGACCUGUGAAGAGUGCCCCUCCACACAGGCUCUGUCAGCAUUCAUCCUAUCAAAUCUUGGUGGAACUUACUCUUGGACUGGGGAGCCAUAUACAACGGCAUGGCUGGUGAAAAAGACUGGCUUGACCUUGGCAUAUCAUGGGAAUUUGAUUAAAAACUACGACUUCCUUGAUCAAAGUCUACAGGAUGCUGGAAUAGAUUCAUGGUGCAGCAAAAUUGCACAACGGAUACUCCAUCUGGGGACUUCGGUCUUUCAUGCAUUGGAUAAGGGACUUAACAGCAAGUUAAAAAGAAUAUCAAGAGACUGUCUCAUAACUACUGCUUGGCUCGGGUGUGAACUAGUGAAAGGUCCUGAUGAAUUGAGGCAUGCUGCUUGUGAGAUCAUACUACACAGUAUUGAACAAUUUUUGCAUCCUGGUCUGGAGCUUGAGGAAAGGCUCCUGGCAUGUUUAUGCAUCUAUAACUAUACUUCAGGAAGAGGGAUGAAGAAGAUAAUUAAUCUAUCAGAGGGAGUUCGGGAAUCACUGAGACGUUUAUCAAAUGUGACCUGGAUGGCUGAAGAACUACUGAAAGUGGCUGAUUAUUUCCAGCCAAAUAAGUGGCGUAUAUCAUGCGUUCAUAGCCAAAUUCUGGAAGCGGGAACUAAAUGUAGUGGAGCUGUGACUGCCCUCAUCUACUACAAAGGACAGCUCCACAGUGGAUAUGCAGAUGGUUCUAUUAAGGUAUGGGACAUCAAGGGACAGAAAGCCAUACUUGUCCAGGAGAUGAAGGAGCACAAGAAGGCCGUAACGUGCUUUGCUCUGUAUGAACCUGGGAACUGCCUUCUCAGUGGAUCUGCUGAUAAAACAAUUAAGAUGUGGCAAAUGCUCCAAAGGAACCUCGAAUGCAUUGAAGUAAUACCAACAAAGGAAUCAAUUAGAAGUAUAGACUCUUGGGGCGAACUGAUUUUUGCAACUACCCAAAACCAUAAAUUGAAGGUCAUCGAUGCAUCAGGAAAAGCUAAAGACAUUUUCAAGAACAAACGCGUCAAGUGCAUAAGGGUAGCACAGGGAAAGGUGUAUGCAGGCUGCAUGGAUUCAAGCAUCCAGGAGUUGAUGAUCAUAAACAACCGACAGCAAGAGAUCAAAGCACCCUCAAAGAGUUGGAUGCAGAACAAGCCAAUAAGCUCAGUUUCCAUAUAUAAAGACUGGUUAUACAGUGGAAGCUUGCUUCUUGAGGGCUCAAAAAUGAAGGACUGGAGAAGAAGCAGCAAGCCUCAAAUAUCAAUAGUACCGGAGAAGGGAGCAAGCAUUCUUGCAAUGGAGGUAGUUGAGGACUUCAUAUAUUUGAAUUGCAGCACAUCAAUGAGCAGCCUCCAGAUAUGGUUGAGAGGGACACAGCACAAAGUUGGAAGACUAUCAGCUGGAAGCAAGAUAACAAGCCUGCUGUCAGCAAAUGACAUGAUCCUGUGUGGAACUGAGAAAGGAGUUAUCAAGGGAUGGAUUCCUCUUUAGAAGAAGAUUAUACAAAGACCACCUGCAUUCUUGCCCAUGAUGUAAUGAUUCUUGUAAUCUAGAAAAUUUUUGUGUAAAUAUAGAGAGAGGAAAGUGUUAGCCAUAUAUACAGUCAUGUAAAUGUUGAUUGUAUUAUAAGUUGUUGGCCGUGUAAAUUGCUUGAAUACCAAAGGUGAAAGGUAUAUGACUCAUUUUCUUUGUUA